AUGAUACCCGCUACUAGGGAAACCAACAGGCCGUCGCCAAGGCCUGAAUUGGAGGAUGGAGUGAAGAUUCUAGUCGAUAUUAAUGAAUCCUCCAGGGAAAGUAGUAUGUCCAAGACGCCCGAAGGAACCAAGGAACUCCAACAGUCACACUCGCAAACCGAGAAAGAUGUUUUUUCUGAGGAGGGUGGAGCAAACUUUCGAACGUUGAGUUGGCCGUACGCUGCUGUCAUAUUUGCGAAAAUGGAGCAUACCUCUUCGGACAAUACAAAUUGGCACAUCGCUCAAUCCACAGUUGCGCUGAUGGCGCAAGAUUGGACUAGUAUCGUGGCUCGUGACUGGAGUGGCGGAAACCUGAAGUGGGUAGCUGCAACAAGGAACUAUGCUGAGUUUACCUUUAUUUUUACUUGGGUUGUAUGUGGAGGAGUCACAAAAUUGGCAUUCACCAUCGCGCUCAAUGCAGUUUCCAGCCACGCCAUGUGCACUGUCGCUUUCGGUGCCAUUGCCUACUUCAUCAUUGCUUCCGCCGCAAGUAUUCCAAAGCUGAAGGACCUUAGCUGGAUAGCCUGGGUAGGAUUUGCUUCCAUCGUCGCCGCCAUCCUCACAGUCGUCAUCGCCGUCACCCAACGCGAACGUCCAGCUGCCGCUCCCCAGACCGGCCCCUACGACCUGGGCUUCAAAGCGCUCCCUCCUGCGGGCACCACAUUCGCCGCCGCAUGGUCUGCCGCACUCGCGAUCUUCUCUUCCUCAGCCAACACCCCGGCAUUCCUGCCCGUCAUCUCAGAGUUUAAGAAGCCUCAACACUACUUUCGAAGUGUUUACGUUAGUAUGGGCUUUAUCAAUGCCGCCUACUUCUCCCUGGGCCUAACCAUGUUCGCCUACUGCGGUAAAUGGAUCGCGAGUCCCGCCCUAGGCAGCGGCGGCCCGACCAUAAAAAUCAUCUCCUACGCGCUCGCAAUUCCGGGUCUCGUAGCCGGCGCAGUCAUCACGAUCCACAUCGCCGCCAAAACGCUAUUCGUGCGAAUCCUGCGCAACACCGUGCAUCUGGAAGGAAACACCAGGACCCACUGGUUCGCGUGGUUCGGCUGCACGUAUGGCCUCGGGCUCAUUUCGUGGCUUCUGGCUGAAGCGGUUCCGUUCUUCAACUCCCUCGUGGCGCUGAUUGGGGCUCUGGGGUUCGCUCCCUUGGGUGUUUGUCUCCCGGCGCUCUUCUGGUUCCAUAUGCAUCCUGGAUACCGACGGGGCACGUGGAAACAGAAGACUGCGUGGGUGUUGCAUGCUGGGAUGUUCGGUGCUGGACUCUUCACACUUGUUGUCGGGACUUAUGCUGUUAUCAACGAGAUUAUCGACCAAUAUAAGAAUAAGCAGGUUGGAGAAGCGUUUAGUUGUGCCGAUAACAGCAUAUGA